AUGCCUAAAAAGAAGACUGGACAAAGGAAGAAAGCUGAAAAAGCUAAGAUAAGACAAAAAUUACUCCGAACAAAAGGACUAGAAAUAGAUCUUAUCAACCAUCCUUCGAACAUAUUGAUGGAGUGUGGCCAGUGUGGGAAGCAUCAGAAAAACCGAGCAUUUUGUUAUUUUUGCCAGUCUAUCCAAAGACUCCCAGUGUGUUGUCAUUGUGGUAAACAAAAGUGUUCUGCACGUUCUGGCGAUUGUCUAGUUAAACAUGGUUCUACACAUGUUACUGGACUCAGUAUGGUGGGAGCGGUUUGCGACUUUUGUGAAGCUUGGAUAUGUCAUGGGGAGAAGUGUUUAUCUGUACAUGCAUGUGAAUGUCCACUGAGAGACGCUGUUGUGUUGAAUGUGAGCGCGGGUUAUACAGUUUUGGUGCUUUGUGAGGACGACCAGUUUGAGCACCAGGCAAGCUGUCAACGUUUAGAAAGUGAGAACUUUAAAUGUGCUUCAUGUAACAAAAUGGGAACACAAACGUGUCUCCGUUGUAAAGUUACAUAUUGUGACGAUCACUGCAAGAGAAAAGGUGUGAAGUAUGAACGUGGAAGGCCUAUUCCUUGUCCGAAAUGCGGACAUGAUUUAACUGAUAGUUAUAAUUUGAGCGUAUCAGUUCGCAGCUAUGAGUAUGGUCGCCAGACAUGUGUAGAAAACUACUCUGAUGAAGACAAUGAGAGUGAGAACGAAGAGGAACAAUGUUCUGGAAAAUCAGAAGAUGAACAUGAUGACGAUGAUUAUAAUUUAUAUAUGUAUACAGUUGAAUUCCAAAAUAAUGGGUUUGGUGGAUUCCACAAAGCUGUUUAUGGUGUUCCUUUCACUCGAUUGCUUGAUUAAUUCUAAUUUACGGUUUUUAACUGGGAAAAUAUCCAAUGUUAAGCGGACUGCAACUGAUCAGUCUCUUGUUGGCAUAUGUGCAUCCUGUGCGGACUGCCCCCAUCUCUGUUCAUAGACUCAUUAUUUCUUAUUCAGAUGAACGGAUUUCAGGGGGCAGAGUAUUCAUUCAACAGAUAAUAGCUGUUAGUUGUAUUUUAUUAUUAUAGGUAAAUUAAAACGAUAAACAAGACGAGUUUAAAUAAAUAGUGACUUAUUCAUACCUUUCUCAAUAUAGAAAUCAGGUG